AUGGCUUCGCUAUUCUCCUUUAUUGCCCGCAACUGGCAGAUCUACUCGCCUACUGAGCUUCCCAAGUCGCGAGACGCCCUGAAGUUUGGCAUUCUGGGUGCGGCCAAUAUCGCAGAGACUGUUUUGAUCAAACCAGCAAAGACACACCCAGGCGUUAUUGUCCAGAGCGUUGCAGCACGCGACAAGCAAAGGGCGACAGAGUACGCCAAGCUACACAGUAUACCCCAGGUGCAUGAUAGCUACGAAGCCAUGCUCAACGACCCCGCCAUAAACGCAAUCUACAUCCCCCUCCCUGUAAGCCACCACUACGAAUGGACCGUCAAAGCAAUUUCGAAAAGAAAACACGUCCUCGUCGAGAAACCCUCAGUCGCAAACGCCACAGAAGCAGAGGCCCUCUUCAACUCACCGCUCCUCAAGUCUCCCAAUGCACCUAUCGUCCUCGAGUCCCUGCACUAUAUCUUCCAGCCAGCCUGGCGCGUCUUCCUCACCUUCGUCGACAAACCGAAUGUUGAACGGGUGGUUUCGGUCGCAAAGGUUCCCGCGUACGUUGUUCCCAAGGGGAGCAGUCAGCGACAAUAUGAGACGGGAGGUGGAUCACUGCUCAAUAUAGGUAUGUAUCCUAUGAGUGUUCUCCGGGAAGUCAUGGGCGCCGAGCCGGAGGAAUGUACGCGGUGCAUUGUGAAGCGCGCUCCGUCGCCAAACGAGCAGAUCGAUGAGAGCGCCGAGGCAACAUUCUCCUUUUCGAAUGGAAGAAAGGGCGAAAUCGUCUCUGAUAUCAGCGGCCGCCCACUCUCCUUCCCAUCCUUCAACAUCACAGUUUUACACAAGGAAGUCGAGGUCCCCAUCGACGACUCGAAUGCUACAGGCGGACCCAAACUGGCACCCGGCCAGAAACUUCACCGCAUCCGACGCGUCACGCUAAGUAACUUCAUGAUGGCGGCAGCAUGGCACAGGCUCGAUAUCCAGGACGAAUAUAUUAUCCGGCAGGCUGAGCGGGUCGUCAAGCGGUGGACGAAGAAGGAGUCCCGGAAGGUCUAUACAUUCCGGGAUGCGGGGAUUGAUGAGCCGGGAGAGGCGCAUUGGAGUUCGUUCCGGUAUCAGCUUGAGCAGUUUGUCAACCGCGUGAAUGGGAAGAAGGGGGUUGAUUGGGUUGGUGGCGAGUAUAGCCUUGCGCAGGCGAGGAUGGUGGAUAUGGCGUAUGAGAAGUGUGGGUUGCCGGUUAAGAGGACGAGUUCGUUUGUGCAGGGAAGUUGAGAGGGGGUUAGUGUGGCCCUCCAUUGUGUAAAUCUGGUGUGUUUUGGUGUUUAGUGGGUAUAUACCAUAUCGUACAGCAUCCGGUCUACGCACUG